AUGUCGGCCGACUACCUCAAAGUCUCGGGCCUGAGGCUACCGUCUGGCGUACUUCCAGUCGCCACAGACCCCGACUCGAACACUGCCACCCACAUAAGAACAUCAAUCAUUCCAUAUGCGACACCAGUUGCGUCACGCAAUAGCAUCUUCGGCAACGGCGCGCCGCCCAGCUCGUCCUCGACUGUCCCUCGUACGAGACCAUCGCCACAAGAAAUGGCAUCGGAUAAGGCCAUCCAUUACUACAGAACAGACCCAUUUCAAGCAAGCAUCAAGCAGCGAUUAAGUCUCAGAGCAGCCAUCCCGAAACUCCGAGCCAUACUCGACCGCACCCGGUGGGGCCAGGCAGAUGCUGAGGCGUACGCGGACUUUGGCGAAGGGACCGUCGACGAGUCCAUCGAGAAUGACCUGGCGAGUUUUCACGAGGGGUUGAGAAAUGAGGCCGAGUUCUGGUCCUGGCUCAACAGGGAGCUGGCUGAGUCUGAUCACCAGUUCCUGUUCAAGCCCACUAAGGAGACGCCCACGUUCGACUUCUUUCAGUACUUUGAAAACCCUGCUCCGUUGUUUUAUGGCUUCAACUCGUCACCCACAGAGAUUCAGGACCUCAUCGCGAAGGCAGCGCUGGGACCACCGACCGCAUAUACGAUCAUCGGCUUCACCAACCCAGCGAUCUUGCAGGCCAACAAAGGCAUCUUUGAGGGGUCUGCUGGCCACUUUUUCCGACACAACAGGUUCGCACUGGAGAGCGAGUGGCCCGGUCGACCAUAUCCCGAUGAGAACCUGCUAGCUUUGAAGGAAUUCAAGAUCAGCGCCUUGAGGGGCAAGGCAGGACUGGUCGAGACCCUCGUUAUCGGCAUCGAUGGCCAUUACUUCAAGACACACUCUGGACACGGUCUCGCGCCAGGCCAGGUUGCGUGGUGGAACGAUCCUGAUUUCUGGGCUCAUUGGCGCAAGCUGCUGCAAUAUAUCCGCAGGUUGGGAUUCGUCGGAAGCCAGCUCAGCUUCAACGUCGAAUGGCUUGCCACGGACUUCUUCAGCCUCGGUCAGUCGUACCCCUUGAGUAACGGUCUCGUGAUACACGGCCGGGGCACUUUCGCGAAGACGACGUUGGCAGAUCUGUGCCCAAGCUUCGACACCAUCUACCAGGACCAUCGUACCUGGCUGGAUCAAAAGUUGGAGAAACUCGACAUGGCGCUCGAGGAGUGGGAUUUCUCCGAUUUCAAGGACCACCACACCUUGCGCGCAGCAUCGCAACUAGUCAAGGACAAGCACGACUUCCUCGAGAAGAACUUCACAGGCUCGAUAUCGAGGUCUGCAAUCAACGAGCUCAAAGAGCAAGCGGAGCACCUCGUAGGUAGAGCCCAACUGCAGGAGUACAUGGCGGCGCAUCCUCAGAACCGCAUGCAUAUCCACGACGAACAUGUGGACUUCGGCCAGGACGACAGCGAGAGCGAAUCAGACGACGAUGAUUCGUCGUCGUCCUUAUCCCAGCGAUCCAAUGUGCAGCCGAGUCCCAGACUACAGCAGUCGAACACGCCGAGCCCUACACCUUUGCCGAAGAAGCCGAGAGGUAAGGUCUACAACCCGUGCGAGUUAUCGCGGAAGGAGCAGCGAAAGAUGAUUGCGCAAUCGGACUCUCUGCUUGCCUCCUAUCGCAGGAAGCUCAAAACUAGCAUGCGGAGAAUGGCCGAUCGCGAUGGCUUGCUCGACAAGGUCGAUUCUCGGCCCAAUGUGCAGGAGUCGCAGCUUGAGGAAGCUCUCUCCGGUGAUGCAGCGGCGGCCGAUGUCGAAGAAGAAAGCGGAUCCCACUCCAUGGCAUCUAACGCAGUUGAGAAGCAGACUCCGGGAUGUGGCCGCACUCGUCGUGCAAGCGAAGCGUUCAGUGUCGAUGAAGGAGCAGAAGACGAGGAUCAGAAUAUCGCACACAAGAAGCGUAAGAUGUUGAGUGCUUCACGCACCCACUUUCUGGAUGAGCGGGUUGACUUUGAUGCUUAG